AUGAGCUCUUCGUGGGCGGAGCUGUUUGAUCAGAUGUGCAACAUCAGCGAAAGGUCAGCCGGUUCGUCGAUGGAGGGAGAGCAGGCGAAGAAUGAGAAGGAUGCGUACUACGAAGAGAUGUUGAGGCAAGCCAGGAUGCAUGCGUCGGAACAAACUUACGACGGGACGUUGAAAGCCCUGGCCAUGGUCACUGACGUGAUCAGAGAACGAGGGGGGGGUGAGAAGGCUGUGCUAGAGGCUCUCAAGAAUGCUCGUGAGAACCAUCAGCGGGUUGUAGCCUCGUCUGCUCGCCCUGGCCCCGAAUGGUUCCUCCUGCAGCCUGUGGGGACUGAGAGUGAGCUGGGGACUGAGCAGUCUCUCCUUGCAGACAGCGGGAGGGAGCGGAUCAUCAUGGACGCGGCGGAGGACGGGAGCAGCGUGCUGUGCCGGGCGUGCGGGGCGCUGGUGAAUGCGAGUAGGAUGAUGGCACAUCAGCAGUUCUGGUGCAACGCACUUGCAAGCGAGGAUGCGGAGAUGGAGGUCGACAGCAGCGAAGUCCCGCCGCAGCUGCUCUCAACUCCCAACGUGCAACCGAGCAGCAGUCUGUUCGAGGAGGUCCGACUGAGACCUGGGCCGAUAAAGUUCAUGUACGAGAUAUGACCGGGAGGGAGGAGUUUGCCAUGGUGUCUUGUUGAGCUCUUGCUCAGCGGAGAUACCUCGAUAGUUCGAUCUUGUUAUUUCUCCCUCCCUCUCUCCUCCUCCCUCCUCUAGUCUUGCUGUGCUGCUGCCGGUCCCU